UAAAAAGAAACUGAAUCUUCUCCCUUUGCUUCUGGCAGGAAAAAACAGCCACAGACUUGCGGGGCUGCGGUGGUUCAAGGAGUCUGGAUAAGGCAUGCCUGCCCCUGCCAGCAGCACAGCCGGAGAGGGGGAACCACAUCCCUCCUCCUCAAGCCACUCCCAGGAUAAAUAGCCUGGACAGGGUUCUGGCCUGGGGUGUGUGCAGAGUGUUUUGCUUUCCAAGUGCCUUGAAGAUUUGUGCUGGUGGACUUUUUGAUGGAUAAUGGCCUGGCUGCUGCGGAAACAGGAGCAGAGUUGUGCCUUACUGUUUCCCGCUCAUAUAUUGCAAUGUGGUCUGCUGCUGAAAUGAUGGAGUAAAUAUCAGUAUGACUAGAGUCUGAGGAAGGACUUCUGUGUUCCUACCAAAAGCUUGCUGGUGCAGAGGAACAGUGCAAGGAGAGCAGCAGGGACUUUUUGAGCUACCAUGGAUAUCCCCACUGAUUUGGUGCCAUCGUCCAUGAUGUCCCAACCUGAGGUGAUUGAGUCCACAGCCAUGAGUGAACCACAGUGCUACUACAAUGAAACCAUUGCCUUCUUUUAUAACCGAAGUGGAAAAUAUCUAGCCACUGAAUGGAACACUGUCAGCAAGCUUGUAAUGGGACUGGGGAUUACCGUCUGCAUCUUCAUAAUGCUGGCCAACCUUUUGGUUAUGGUGGCUAUUUAUGUCAAUCGCCGAUUCCACUUUCCUAUUUAUUACUUAAUGGCCAACUUAGCUGCUGCGGACUUUUUUGCAGGGCUGGCCUACUUUUACUUAAUGUUCAACACAGGACCCAACACUAGAAGACUGACUGUAAGCACCUGGCUUCUCCGUCAGGGUCUCAUUGAUACCAGUCUGACAGCCUCUGUAGCCAAUUUGUUGGCCAUUGCUAUUGAGCGGCACAUUACGGUUUUCCGAAUGCAGCUACACACUCGGAUGAGCAACCGCCGAGUGGUCAUUGUCAUUGUUGUAAUCUGGACUAUGGCCAUCGUCAUGGGUGCCAUACCGAGUGUCGGAUGGAACUGUAUUUGUGAUAUCACCCACUGCUCCAACAUGGCACCACUCUAUAGUGACUCCUACCUGGUCUUCUGGGCUAUUUUCAACCUGGUCACUUUUGUGGUCAUGGUGGUCCUAUAUGCUCACAUCUUUGGGUACGUUCGCCAAAGGACUAUGAGAAUGUCCAGACACAGUUCUGGACCCCGCAGGAAUCGGGACACCAUGAUGAGCCUCCUGAAGACUGUGGUCAUUGUGCUUGGGGCUUUCAUAAUCUGCUGGACCCCAGGAUUAGUCUUGCUGCUCCUUGAUGUUUGCUGUCCCCAGUGCAAUGUCCUGGCCUAUGAAAAAUUCUUCCUACUCCUGGCAGAGUUCAACUCUGCCAUGAACCCCAUCAUCUACUCCUACCGGGACAAGGAAAUGAGUGCGACAUUCAAGCAGAUCCUGUGCUGCCAGCGCAGUGAGAGCACCAACGGCCCCACCGAAGGCUCGGAUCGGUCAGCCUCCUCCCUCAACCACACCAUCCUGGCUGGCGUCCACAGCAACGACCACUCCGUGGUGUGACACCACAGCCAGCCACGUGACCAACAAAGAACAGAAGGCAACGCUGCGGGUGGGGUCAGGUGCGCAGCCCCGGGGAAGGUAACCCACUCACAUUUUCUCAAACACUAAUGGACUACAAGUGCAUCUUUUCCAGGGGGCCUGACAUACCAGCGCAGACCGCCCUAUCGACAGGAUUGGCCAUGCUGCGAAGCCUUUGAUUUCUACUUUGAGAAAGUAGAAAGUAGUUGCUUUGCAGAAGAGGCCAUCAAUAACCCACAGAAAGCCUUGCUGAGACUUUGUUGGACUUUGCUGCAUCUUGGUGCCAGUCUGAAUCAACUCUGAUUAAUUAAGCUUAUACCUGCUUCACUGCAUUUACAUGUAGCCACUUAGUAUUUUUAAAAAGGGAGUAAAGGGGAUAAAAAUAUGCCUAUCAUUUAAUAGACAUGUAAUAUGUAUCACCAUCAGCAUGCUUGUGAUGAACAUUUUCUGUGCAGGGAGUAAAACUGUGCUCUAGUCUUUGUAUCCUUAGCCACACUGUCAUAACUACAGUAAAAAGAAAAGUAUUUUUUUUCUAACACAGGCAACAGGAAGAUGAGGGAAACUGACUCCUCUUAGCUUCAUUACUGGUGUUAGAGAAUGCAUGUUCUGUGUGUAUGCAGAUUGUUUUAAUUAUGAAAAAAUCUCUUUGUAAAGUCUGCUGGAAAGUAGAAAAACAUAGACUGUAUUCCAGUGUUUGUUUAGAUUAUGAAAUAAACAGUACUUUAGUCACAAUGUAUAUAAGGUUCUUCUUUGAAGUACAGUAUGAAAUUUGUAACAUGUGAGGGGUACUAGGUUUUUUGUGGAUAAGUUCUUAAAGUAGGACACAUCCCUAAGGCUCUUAAAGGGCUACAGUCAGGUUGGUAAAUUGCAAAAAUUGUAUUUAUGGCAUAUUCUUGGAAUGCUUUUCUUGUUCAUGGCAAAAAGCAUACGCAUUUUUAAUGGCGAAAAAGAAAAGGUAUGUUUUUAUGGAACCUUUCUUGUAAUUGAGAACAAAACACCUUCUGUAUUUUUGGACUGAGAAGUAUUUGUAGGGUACCAUUCAAAUGAUGCUUCCUUCAUUUCAAAAGCAGUGGGCUACUAAGAGCCAAGGCACAAUUUUAUUUUGUAAAGCCGACACUUUACGAGAUAGUCAUCCAUUCCAAAUGACUGGACCAUAUUACAGAUAAUAGCCACACAUGUACACUGUUAUAAAUACCUAAGCUAACAGGUGUUUUUUUCAUAUGAGACUAUUUUGAAGAGAAAUGUCACUCAUGUGAAUAUCAGUUACGAAGAAUCACUGAUAGUAAACAAAACUCAUCAAGAGGGGUACAUGUGUGCAAAAGUGGGAUCUUGCUGAUAAAAAAUUUGGGACCUCUUUCCAGGAAACUGUGUGUUAUUCUAACAAUGUAAAAUAUAUCAACAGUAAAUUCCUGGCACUGUUCUCGUCAUUGUAAUUUGUCUCUAUAACAAAAAGAAAAAAACAAACAAGACAGAAAAAGGGGAAAAAAACAAACAAAAAAAACCCCACACUCACAAAAAAAAUAACCCCACAAAACAAAACAAAAAACCCCAGAGAUAUAUAGCCUUCAUUGUACCAUACUGGAAUGUAACUUAAGGGAUGAUAUUCUCCCAUUCGGGCAGGGAAAAAAUGGAGAGUGGAGGGUCAGUUCAGCAAAAUCCAGUGUUUUCACUAUCUCUUGCUUUGAGGAGAUGCUUGGAUUUUAUGCUUCCAAGCAAAAAAUUGAUUGCAAUAGGCAGUUCCUUACUGAGAGAGGGAAGAGAAAAAUCCUGCUUCCACUGAAUGAAGUGAGAGUUAUGACACUGCUUUCAGUACAACUGAAAUCUACCUGAACUGUCAAGCUAGUUUUGUGUAGACACUGUGGAAAGUGGAGUAGGCAGAGAGAAAAAACAUUACAUUGUCUGCCAGUUGACCAAGGUUUUGAAUAUAUCCACUUGCUUUGAACACAACCGGUCUUUUUUCUGACUGUAUUUGAGAGCAAGUGAAUGUACUGGUUGAUUUGGUUUUAUUCGCAGAACUGUACUGAGAAACAGAAGAACAGGCUGUAUGAACUUUUUCUUUUAAAAGCAUCUGCUUGCUAAUGCAGUCAUACUUUUUCCUUAGUGCCUGCUUGAUACUUGAACUAGUGCAGCUAAGCAGAAGAAAGGAGAGGGUAAGAUUGCCUCCAAAGACAGAGGAUAUCUGAGUGAAAAAGAAUUUCUUUUUCUCAAGAGUGCUUGGAGUUCCUUUCUUCCUUGGAUCCAGCAAGAGUACUUUUUCCUAUCCCUAACAUCCCCACAAAAGUAGAAGAUUGUAGACACUUUAGGCUAGGGUUUGGGGGUUUUUGAACUGGGGGGGUUGCCCUUUCCUUGUGUUCUUUUCACUGCUAUUUGCAUGCUUUUAUUGAAUCUCAUCUGGAAAGGGGGGAGGAUGAUGUUACAAAAUAGCAGCAAGUCAUUCACCCUAGUUUAACCUGCUGGAAGUCUGGCGGGUUUUGAGAAGCCAUGGCUGAAUAACUUGCAAACAGGAGUGGUGUGCUUGUUUGAACAUGGGUGGGUCCAAAGGCCUCUUGUGAAGACAGAUGCCCAAGGAGGUUUUCUGUCGUCACUGUGAUUGUGACAGAGGGUAGUUGAUGUCCAGGUACAUAGUUCAACCCAAGGAGGCACUCAACAACUCAAGAAGGUGAACCUUUUGAACUCUUAGGAGUGGUUAAAUUUCAGUUGUCAGGUAUAUUAAUCCAGGAGCAUGUCUGACAACAGGUGGCUUUUCUUCUAAAAGAUGAAGUGCAGUGUUUCAGAUCAAAUGCGGUAGGAGGAAUAUUGCUUGUACAAUUCUGUUAGAGGAGCUCACUGAGCAUAUGGCUGCAGUAUAACAAUUUGAUUAGUGCUUUGUGUUGUUGACAUGUUGUUCCUAUAUUCUUAAGAAAUCUGAUCUGUGAAUUGAGUAGUUCUUUGCAAGCUAAUGAAAUUAAAGCUCCAGUGAGCAAAGAGAAUAAAAACCAGAGCCUGGGAUAGAAGGAUUCAUUUGCUGUGUUCCUUAGAAUGGUUCCCAGCCAUUUGUUGUCAUCUCAGAAUUUUUUUAAGUUUUGCUCUUCUAUGCCGAUUUUCCAGCCUCAUUGUGCAGUUGUAGAACUCACUUCUGCUAUGUGAAAACAUGGUGCAAAGUACUUAGCAAAAAAGAUUGCCCCACUUAUUUUUACUUAUCUCAAAUUCUUCAAAAGAUUUUAGAAGACUUCUUAAAAUACCAAACGAUCCUCCCACAGUCAUUAAAAUUCUUUUGUUGCUGAUUGCCUCUGGUCCAAGUAAAUCCUCUUGAAGUUCAAAUGUAAUGGUGUUUGUGUCAGCAAUUGUAGUGGUGGGAAGUUGUGUAUUAAAAGGAAUAUCAUUUGCAGAUCAAGGAAAAUGUGUUUUUCUACUUCAUGUAUUUUCAGUGGGGGUAUAAAUCUGAAAACUAAUUUAAAAGAUGGCCUUUGAAUUUUAAUUCUGUUGCUGUGAUAUAUACAGAAGCUAGGUAUCCCAUUGGUCAGAAAAAGCACAACUUUUUUUAUGAAAGAUUGAAAAUAUAUUCUAUGUAUGUUUGACACAUUGAUUUUCUUGUCAGCACCUUUUUUUUUUUUGUUCUGAGUUUUCUGGGAUCCCUUGGCAGCUUCAGGCUGGCUUCUGACUGAGAUACUAAAAGCUGGGCAGAUAGAAGAGAGGGCAGACCAAAAAAAGGCUUUUUCACUGAUUCCUAAAAUUAAGCAUACCUUUCUGUCCAUAGUGCACCAGUAAUGGAGUUUUUUUUAAUAGUUGCCACAUUGGUUUUUUUAACUCUGCCUUUGCCACAGUCACAGCUGUAGCAGCAUUUAAACAAUUAGGCAACAAAGGCUUGGAGUAGGCACUUGGGGAAAAGGAAAGGGCAGGCCUACUAUCUUCAUGGGGCAAACUAAGCCUGAGUAACUUGGAUGUCAAAGAGGAAAGGACAUGUCUUAUGUCCAGUGUUUUAGUUCUCCUUCUUCUGCUGAGUAACUUCUGAAUAUCAACAUAAAUUUGUCCCAGUAUGGGAUUGCACUUAAAUUAAACUUUUCAGGUCACUCCAUGGACUAUCUUUUGGUCUGUACUGGUGUGGUGGGCAGGGCUUUAACCAUGGCCAGUCUGGGUCCCAGGAGCAGUGUGUCAGGGGAAACUGAAGUGGGCUCUGCUUCUGAAGCAGGUUUUGUAGCUUUUUCUGACCUUCAUGUUGCUCCAGAAGUGUGCUACCAAAUACCAUACUUAACUACUGUAAAGCCAUCUAGGGUUUCUGUCUGUGACACUGCUGCAGCCAGAUCUGUCUGCAGUGGAUAUCCAAAAAACAAGCAGAUUUUUCUGUAAAAGAAAUAAAAACCCACCAUGCCGAUUACUCUAAAAGAUAGGAUUAAAAAGAACAGCAGCAGAUGGAGAAGCUUUGAUGCAAACACUCCUGGUCUGUCUUUCAGUCUGUGUGAAUCAAGGUGAUGCAAAGCAGGGUAGGCAAAGGCGUUUCUCUAGGGCAUUGUCCCCACCUCGUGCAGAGGCAUGACCCCAUCCCUGGCAUCCCUGUCAUUGUUCUGGGUCUCUUUUGACUUUGAGACUGGAUGUAGCUGGCAGAGGUCAGUCUUAGCAAACUGGCUAAUUUUUUCCACUUGCUGCAGAGGUAAAUACAGGCUUUUCCUUUUUCUGGUCCUGGUAAGGGCUUUCGUGUUAUUGCGAGUGUACCUGUUGUGUCCUUUCAAACCAGUUCGUGCUGUGAGGCAUAAGUCUGUGCUAUACACUGAUGUCUGUAAGGAGGGGAUUUGCAACUGCAAUCACAUUUGUUCAGACAAAUUGCUUGGCUUUUCCAUUUGAUUGGAAAGGCCACUUCCAAUAGAGAGUUAGCUUAACUGACAUCUACACCUGUCCAGCCACAGCUCCUUAAGAAAAUGUGCCCUUAUCUUUCCUUCAAUUUUCCUCUCUUAGAGGAUUUUCUAAGAAGCUAUUGACCCAGCUCCUCUUUUCUAAAUCUAUCAAGAAGACAAAAAAGAGGUUGAUAUUUAAAGAAAACAAAACAGCUAAAACAAAACAAUUACAACAAAAACCUCACAAAACAAACUAAAAAAGCCACAAGAAAAACACAGAGCACAUGGAUAUUAAACUAUGCUGCUGUCUUCUGCGGUACAUAGAAAUCCAACACACUGAUAGCUGCCAACAUUUUAUCAAGAGCCUCCAUGAAAUGUUCCCUUUUGCCUGUGAUAAAAUUCUGAUAACCAGAAGUGUAUGUGGGAGACUCAGGAAUCUGUUAAUUUUUCCUGUUUAAAUAAAGCCGUGUUUGUAAUUCAAAAGUAUUGAGAGAGCCAAUGAGCUUUGGCAAACAAUUUUGUUACUAAGUGCACUUACUGUAAAUGUUUAGAGGUUGUAUCUAGUACAAUAAAGUAUUUGGCAUGUGUAAUACGGAGCGUGAAAGAAAUACCCUUUUUCGGGAGAGCUGGUAUUUUUGAAUGUGGAGAGGAAUUUACCAAAAACUGUAUCAAGGCACAGGCUUUUCUCUUCCAGGAGAUAGCACAGAGCUAAAACAUGGGCAGCAAAGGGACAGGUUAUUUCCAGUAAAUCACUUAAUCCACUCUGUGAUUCUUAUAUACCCACCUUCCUUUCUUUGAAGUUCACAUUUGCAGCAUUUAACCUCAGACCUCAUCUUGUUACUAUAGAGAAAACAUUUCCUGCGCAGAGAAAACAAACUUACUGCUUCUUUUCCUUCUUCCUAUUCCUUCCUUCCUCCCUCUGCUUUCUUCCUUUUCCUUUUGCUCUUCAUCUUCCUUGCUUUUUUUCUUGUGCAUGGACAUGUAUCUCCUACAAUGUGUCCCCAGUUUGGAUUUAACCACAGAAGGUUAACUAAACCAAAUCUGGUUGGCUUAUAUAUAGAAAUGGAUGUGUCUACACAUAGAACUGUGUAGCCAUAGGAAAAGGGCAGAAGUGAAAUAAAAUUAUUUUUUUCAGUACUGUUUGAGUAUAAGUUUUUAUGACUGUAUUUUUCUGCUAAAUCCUAUUUCACAUUUUGAAGAAAAGAGGACUUAUGCAAAGGGUUCAUUAGCCCCCUGCCUUUUGUUAGAAAAGCCAAUCACUUACACACUGAUGGAAGCCAAGUGUCUGCUUCAGCAAAACGACAGAAAAAGAAGUUGGUGUUCCUAAUCAUUCUAAGCAUUAUUAAGUACAAAAAUAAAAAAUGAGAAGAGUUCAAGUUUUUUCAUCUCCCCAGAUCCUGGUGAUUCAUGACUAAUGCCUUGGUGCUGGGCUUUCCAUGGCAUCGCGUGCGUAAUGUAAAGCAGCCCCAUACAGCUUGAUUACUGGACAUAAUGAGCAGAAAGCCAAAACAUACAAUUGCAAAAUAAAUCACGUCUCAUGAAAAUGCACUGCAAUACCUCUGGGAUUUUCUGCUUGAGCCCUGGAUCACCAUUUGCUGGGAAAGCCAGACUGUUUAUAUGGCGAUCUGUUAACAUUAAAUACACAACACGUGCAGUGCUGCAGCUCUCAGCCUCAGCGUGCAGCAGGAGACUCACAGAGCUAGAGCUCUGAGAGCAGAGAGCCAGCACAUUUGAAGUCACAGUGCCCAGAGCCUGCAUCCCCUGGGCCAACACUCCCUUCCUGCUUUGUGUCUUUUUGUGCCCCUUCAGGAUAGGUGUGUCUGGGUUGGCAGCACUGCCUCUCGUGAGCUGGACCCAGCAGGAGCAAAUGCAAGUCAGCCUCUUUCAUGUCAAUCAAAGCCUUUCUCCCCUUAGCUGCUUAGACUUCACAUGGUUACAGAUCUGCUUCUCCCUCCUCUAGUCCUUGCAUGCCCAGCCUCCUGCUGAAAAUUCUUAUCCACCCCUCAGAGUCUUUCCAGAAAGUUCCUUAUUUGUGUUGCCUUUCUCUGUGCCUCCUCCAGAAAGCCUAAACCAUCUUUGUGACAACACAGCUAGGUGUUUUACACCACAGAUGCAGUUCCUUUGUAAUUCCCUGGAGGACAAGGUGGAAAUGGAGUUCAGUAGGCAGCCUGUCACAAGUGGUGUUCCCCAGGGCCCAGUUUUGGAGCCAGUUUGGUUUAAUAUCUUUAUCUAUGCCUGAAGGGUGUCACUGUCCCUGGAGAUAUUUAAAAGAUGUGCAGAUGUGGCACUUAGGAACAGUGCCCAGUAAGGAUUGCUGCUGGGCCUUACAGUGAUAGGCUAAUGGUUACAGUCAAUGGUCUUAAAGAUCUUUUAUAACCAAAAUCAUUCUAUGAUUCAAUGGGAAAUAAAUAAAUACAAUGUAUACAGAAAAAGGAAGUGAAAAAUUGUGGGAAGGAAGAGACAAUGCAGAAGAUACUCCCCUACCUUCUGUGCAGAAUCUGGUUUAUAACCCUUUCAAAGACUUUCUGGCAAGUUCAGGAAAGAAUCCUUGGUUGUUGCUUUUGUUCAAAAGGAAAGAAUAAUGCCCCUUCUAUGGCAUUACUUUUUUUUGUUUCUGAUGCAAAACUUUGUUGUUUUAGGUGUAUCUAGUUUAAUAAGAGAUCAAAAGGCCAACUGAAACACGUAGAAGCCUUCCCAUUUACCACCCACACUGAGCACAAAAUUAAGCUGUUUUCAUAUAAAUGGUGUUUUACCACUCAAAAGAUUGAAGGAUGCUUCAAGGAUCACUGAUAAAGGUUGGGGUUUCUCUAUUUCUCUGUUUUUCCAGAGUUCAUGAUAUCUGGAUAUUUUGCUGCUUAUUCUGCCACAGAUUUUUAAGUUUGUACAUUCUUCUUGUCCUCAAGUGUCUCUUUGCAAUCCUGCUUUUCAAAAUAUGUAAACACUCCUUAGUUCGAGGGAGUUACUCAAAAAUGUGCCUGAUUUGAGCUAGUCCAGCUGCUACUGCCUUCCAGACCCCUCUCCUGUCUGAUCACAGUGAGGUCUGAUUUUGAGCCACAAAUAUAUACUAACAAGUGACAAUUA